UAUGGCGUUUUGCUUUUAGGCCAAACAGUUCAAUUUUGGUCUCAUCUGACUGGAGCACCUUCUUCCAGAUCUCUAUGGACAGGUGAAUUUAGGCGGAUGUGUCCAUUUACAACAGCCAGGGGUGGACUGACAACUCAUGGGGCCCCCGGACAAUAGGGGAUCAUGGGGCCCCUGUGUCCUUACCCAAACUCAAAAAAGCCUAUGAAAAAGCUACCAGGGGCAUCUCAUGACGCCCCUUACUGACCCCGAGCCCUCAGGCAGUGCCCGAGUUUUCGAAUGGUCAGUCCGCCCC